AUCACUCUCUCUGAUGUCAUCUGGAUCCCUACUUUGUAAUAUAUAAUGGUACUUGAAACCAAAGCUGUGGUACAUUUACAUACCAACUAACAACAAACACCCAUCCUUCUCAUCACAAGAAAAAAAUUAGCAGCAAAAAUACAAAUGCAAUACACUGAUCCUACAAUCAAGCACCAACAACAACCUUAAUUUAGACCCUUCCUUCCUGCCUUCCUACCACCUCCCUCCAAGCGCCUCCCAAUAUUCUAAUCUUCCAACCACAAAACAAACCAGGAAAACAAACAAGAUGGCCUCUUGCUCACAUCUACUCUUUCCUUGCCAUCUCCUCAGUCAAUAUCCAUAACACCCACACCACUUCCCUCUUCCUAGUUUUCUCUUGUUUUCUCCUCCACCCCAUCUGUAACACUCUCAAUGACUAUGGAGGAGGGGCCGGAGCCAAACUUGGCACCCCACCAUCAUCUCCUUGACUGGUUGGAGGACUCUGCAUCAUUCAUUCCCUCCAUCCCUUCCUUCUUUGAUGAGCCCUACACUGAGAUUGAUCUAAACCCUUACGAAUGGUGGAACCAUGAUCAUGAUUAUGAAAAUCAACAGCAGAGCAUACAAACACCAGCCUCAAGCACUGCCAUCACCACCCCUUCUAUUACCACUACUACUAUUAUUGCUACUACCAAUCAAACAACAGUCCCUAAAUCUGAAUACACUACCAAGAAGCGAAAGCAACAGGAAGAACAAAGUAUUAGAUCUCAAUCUCAACAAAGCAAGAGAAGAAACAAUACUGACAAUGAAGAAGGCGGUGCAGAGAACGAAGAGGAUGGUGGUAGUGGUGGUGGAGAGGUGCAGAGAAAGCCAGGCAGGAAGGUGCAGACCAAGGGAAGUGGUUCUGGUUCAGGGAACAAUGGAGCAAAAGACGUCAGGUGGGCGGAGCAGCUACUCAACCCCUGCGCGGCAGCAAUCCAUGCAAUGAAUUUAUCAAGAGUUCAGCAUCUCUUAUAUGUACUUAACGAGCUUGCCUCCCCCACCGGCGACGCCAAUCACCGGCUGGCAGCUCAUGGGCUCCGUGCCCUCAAGAACCACCUCUCAUCGAUCGGCCUCGCUGCGGCGAUACCGUGCGGGAAUCUCGACACCGGUGGCUGCGGAAGCCCGCCUAAAUGUUUUGCGACGACGGAGCCGAGGCUGUUCCGGUCGGCGCUGAUCAAGUUCCACGAGGUGAGCCCCUGGUUCGCCGUCCCCAACUCCCUCGCCAACGCCUCCAUCCUCCAAAACAUAACCCAAGAAAACCGCCCCAAAUCCCUCCACAUCGUCGACAUCGGUGUCUCCCAUGGCAUCCAAUGGCCAACCCUCCUCGAAGCCCUAACUCGUCGCCCGGGCGGCGCCCCUCCCCUAAUCCACCUCACCGUUGCCGGCUCCGCCGCACCCGCACGCCCCUUCUCCACCUCCCCGCCGGCCUACGAUUUCCCUUCUCACCUUCUCCGCUACGCCAAAAGCCUAGACCUAAACCUCCACAUCACCCAAACCGAGACCCUCUCCUCGAUCACCCGAUCCCCAGGCGAGAUCCUCGUGGUGUCCUCUCAGUUCCGCGCCUCCAAUACCAUGCUCCUCCGAUCGAUCCGGGACCUCGACCCCGAUCUGGUGGUUCUCACGGAGCUAGAAGACGGGGUAGGGGGAGGCGGCAUAGGUGGGGGGUUCGCCGAGGAGUUCGGAAGGAGGACAGGGGUUCUCUGGAGGUUCCUGGAGUCGACGAGCGCGGCGUUCAAGGGGAGGGAGUUCGCGGAGAGGACGGUGGUUGAAGGGGAGGCGGCAAGGAUGCUGGAUGGAGGAGUGGGAGAGGGGAGGGAGGAGUGGGAGGGGAGAAUGAAGGCCCUGGGAUUCACGGAGCUAGCGUUUGGGGAGGAAGCCAUGGAUGCCGGAAGAGCUCUGCUGAGGAAGUACGAUGGGAACUGGGAGAUGAGGAUGGCGACCGGAGUCGCCGGCACCGGCGCCGGCGCCGGAGCUGGCGUCUUGCUGUCGUGGAAGGGACAAAGCGUUAGCCUUUGCUCGCUGUGGAGGGUGGCGGGAACGACGGAGAGACGAUGAUCAAACAACUUUUGGAUCAAUCCUGCCCGUCCAUUUUGGCGGGGCCCUUUAAGAAUUUGG